AUGUUCUUUCUUUGUUUAUUAAGUUUAGGAGAAUCUAAGAUUCGCUAUCCACAUCGUCAUUCUCAUAGAGAUCAUUAUGUAAGUAAUGGAGCUCAAAUUCAGAGAAAAACAACAGAUUUACCAAUGAAUAUCACAGGAGUAAAGACUGAUAAAACAGAAGGCGUUUAUACAGUUAAAGAUCUUAAGUCUCUUCAAAAGAUCGUCCAAUCUGCAUACCCUCUCCUUGUCAACGAAACCUUAUCUGAAGCAAUGGAGAAAACUAAAUACAAAGUUGACAGGAAACAAACCUCUUUCAAUGUUGAAUUCGAAACAAUUAAAGUUGCCAAAGAAGGAAAAGAAUUGAAAGCAGUUUUCAAUAAAGGCCAUGUAGAUGUCGGUUACCUUGCUAUGACUGAGAAGAAAGAAAUAAAGCGAUUUGGAACUAGAAUAUUCCAUACUCGUACAGAACAUGUCCCAAGACCUCUUACAGAUCAUGAAGUCAAAAUUAUUUUUGACAUCGUCAAAGAAAAAAUUCAUAAUUAA